GCGAAAAUCGUAUCCUAUACGCAUGCGCAGUGAGGCUGUGUUAGAAAAUGGCAGACGUCUCCCUGGAUGAAGUUAUACGACAGCGCGGUAUUAACCUCAAGGCACCAGCGAAACGACCAAUGUUUGGAAGAGGUGCAGGAGCGGUUGGCAAAAGCUUUGAUGCUCGCCAGAAGAUUGGGGCUAAUGAUGUCCGACAGCGGCUCGGACCAGGAGCAGGAUUUCAAGUGAAAGAUGCCAGGGAGAAGCUGGUUCAGAAGGAUGCUCGCUUUAAAAUCCGUGGCAGGGGAGGAGGAGGAGGGGGGGUGCAGGAUGCUCGGCAGAUGAUCAACUCACGCAAACAGGGGCCAAAUCUGUUCGCUGUCCCUGCACAGACAAUGCCAAAGAUGGCAGUAACACAACAUCUGCAGGGCCAGACAUUUGUGCCACAGAUGCAGAUACAAAGCAACUAUAAUCUGGCCGGUCUGAACUCGAGGCAGUUUAACCCGACUGCACAAGGACUUGGUUUGAGGGGCAGCGCGUCGCCACAGCUGAGCACUAAUAAGAGAGUGAUGGAUGCUCGGGAUAGACUGAGCCUCAAGAGGAACAUUGGAGGGACACCGACACAGGCAGAUUUUGAACACCCCCUCAAAAUAACCAAGACCAUCCAGCAACGUCCAAUGGGAGUAGGAUUGUCAAGUGGAAUGCGGUCAAAUACACAGCCUCUCUCAGAUGAGCACGAUGGCCCCCACAAUAAACAAGUAAAGAUGGCUACAGCUAAUCAUAUGCUCAAGUCACGGCCUGGAACAAUGGGCUCCACAUUCUCCAUGUCAGGUCCGAUCACCAAAGUGGUUCAAAAUGAUUCGUACACGGCCCCUUCCCGCCCUCCUCCCCCCGUGGCCCCCACCCGACCGAACCCCAGCAUGUCUGCCGGGCGGCCCUCAGCUGCAGCCUUAAAGCCCGUCUCCAGGACUCUGCAGCAGAGCUCAGCAGAAACCAGCCCCCCUGCUCCCGCCCCCCCACAGCCUAGUUUCAGUCCUCUGGAAGGGACCAAAAUUACGGUGAACAACCUGCACCCCCGCGUCACUGAGGAAGACAUAGUGGAACUGUUCUGUGUGUGUGGGGCUUUGAAGCGAGCGCGGCUGGCGAAGGUGGGCGUGGCCGAGGUUGUGUUUGUGCGUAAAGAUGACGCCGUUAGCGCAUACAGGAAGUACAACAACCGCUGCCUGGACGGUCAACCCAUGAAGUGUAACCUCCAUAUUCAGGGCAAUGUCAUCACUUCUGAUCAGCCCAUUCUAUUGAGGCUCAGUGACACCCCGGGCGCCAGCAGCGGCGGCGGCGGCACAAAGAAAGACGGCCUCCCCCCCUCCCUCAUGUCUCGCACUGCCGGACAGCGAGCCUCCUCUCAGCCGACCCCCGAAGUGGAUCCUCAGACGAUCCUCAAAGCUCUGUUCAAGUCCACCUCUCAGUCCAGCUCCUCCAGCGAGAGCCCCAGCGCACAGGCCACCGCCUUCCGCAUCAAGAUAUAGAUCCAGUGUCUGUUCAUUCACACAUUACUGCUUUCUCAGUGUUCUCGUACAAACGCCCACAUUCUACUCAUGUGAAACAGGUUUUUACACAUUUGAUAAACGUGACUUCUCCAGGCGGGACAUUUUGUGGAUGCACAACAUGUUGAUGAUGUUUGUUCCUGAUUAGAGGAAGGAAAGUGUGAUGUGAUUUGUUUAAUCCAAUGUCUUGGGGGAUGCCAAAUUAAUAUUAUAUUGGGAUUUUUUUUUUCUUUCUGUCAAUGCAAUACCAGCCCAUUUUGAUAAGUUUAGUUUUUUUUUUUAAUACUCCAGUUUAUUUCCCCCCCUUUCCAAGAUAAAGGAUAUGACAAAAAGACCUAGAAAACCAAUUGAGACGCAUUGGAGUAAUUUAGGGAUACAUUUUGUGUAAGGCUCGUCCACACAGGUGCGUUCAGGUUUGUCUGUACCUUUUCAGAACAGGAAAUUAAGCAGACAUUCAAUGUGGGUUAAUCACAGAUGUUCAUAAAACGACAUGUUUUCCGUGAACCAGUUUUCAAACAGUCCUAUUGUGUUUGUUUUUUAUUUACCGUCUUUGUAGCAUCGAGGUUCCUGUGUGCUGCGUUUGUGACUGGUUUUACUUGGUUGUCCAGUAAAGAAAGCAGUAUGCAUUUAAUUCUUCCUAGUAUACUUUACACAUGCUUUUUGUUCAAAGAUUGUAAAUUACUUUCUAUUGCUUUCUUGGUAUGUAAGUCAAGAGACUGGAGCGGUCAGAUCUGUCUGUGAAAUGUCAGCAUUAAAUAUCUAGCUUUGUA